AUGUCAAUCCCAAACCCUGUAAUAAUCCUAACUGGAGGCUCCCGAGGAACCGGCCUAGCGAUAGCAACCCACCUCUUAACCACCACAUCCGCACACGUUCUAGCCAUCUCGCGCAGCACCCCACUAACCCUCCAACACCUUCAACUCACCUACCCCGACACCUUCCGUCACCUCCCGGCCGACCUCUCCAACUCCACGACUGCCCCACAGGCAAUCGCAACAGCAAUCAAUACCUGGGGCCGCAUAGACUCUCUUAUUAUUAACCAUGGUGUUCUCGACCCCGUUGCAAAAAUAGCCGACGCAAACGUUGAAGAGUGGGAGCGGGCGUUUCGGACGAAUUUUUUUGCGGCGGUCAGGCUGAUUAGCGCUGCGUUGCCCUCGUUGAGGGGGAGGGGUGGGGGGGGGAGAGUGGUAUUCGUGAGCUCUGGAGCGGCGGUUACGGGGUAUCAGGGCUGGGGGGCAUACGGUGCCAGUAAAGCUGCCUUGAAUCAUCUCUGUGUCACACUUGCGGCGGAGGAGGCGGGUGUUAUUGCUGUUGCCGUUAGGCCGGGAGUUAUUGAUACGCAGAUGCAAGAGGAUAUCCGCGAGAAACACAGUGAAGGAAUGGGCGCCAGCCAUGAGCGGUUUCGGAAGUUGAAGGAGGAGGGAAAGCUAUUGCGGCCUGAGCAGCCAGGGAAUGUCAUUGCCAGGUUGGCGCUAGAGGCCGAACGCAACCUCACAGGAAAAUUCCUCAAGUAUAACACCAUCACCAUUGUCUACGACGUGACUAACGAAUCACAGUUGGAACGACGAGCAAUUGGCCAAAUAUCAAGACAGAACACCCCCAUAGAUAUAGAUUAA